CUUGAAGCCGAGCGCAGCCGAACGCUGGCCGAACUCUGGCGAAGGUGGCGUCAUAUGUUUCUCUCGCUCGCUCGUCUCGCUGUCUGUGAAGGAAGAAGGAAGAGCAAUGGCGACGCUGUACCGCCGCGCGCUCACACUGCACACAGGAGCCACAGCACACACUAUUUUUACUCUGAUACUGCUGGGAAGAAGCUCUUGAAGGGUUCAGAGGUGAUCAAACUCAGUAAAGCAGAUAUGCUUUUGUAUGGUCACGUCCCAACCCAUGAGGAUUUCAAACCCGUCGUUUGCGAUGCCUGCAACAAAGUCGUUAAGCCUCAGGACGUCCUGACUCAUUACGGUAGUUGGGGAAUAGUUGAACAGUGAGUAGAGAGGAGCCCUCAAGAGCCAUGCAUAGCAAGAACCAGGUGCCUCAGCUCCUGAUCUCCUGACGGUUAUAUUUGUGUGUCAGAGAGGAGACACUGCUCGCCCAGCAGCUCCAGGACCCCUCUGGUUCCUGUCAAGGCCAAGAUGUCAGUGGGCCAGAGUGAGGUGGAGCCCCUUCCCUUCCGGGUUCCUCGUGAUUACCCACACUCACGCUUCAGCAAGGCGCCGCUGGCCGUCUAUCCACCCAAAGGAGCCCGAGCCAAGGCCUGCGUGUCUUUACCUGUGGUGAGUCUGGAGAAGAUGCCGUGUUUCAGCCGAACAGAGGGAGCGCACAUCAAAGUCACCUCCACGUCUCCCACGGCGGCUUCUUCUCUUUCUUUCUCUUCCACGUCUUCCUCUCCAUCUUCCGCUCCUCUCAAGUCCUCCUUGACGUCACCAGCAUCUCACAAGAAUCAGGAGAAGUUCGUGAACGGUCGCGGUCCUGUGACGCCUCGCUCCACCACGCCCCCCUCGCUGAUUGACAGGCGGCCCAGCCCGUCACGGUCGCCCUUGGAGAAACGGCCCGCCCCCUCACAGGACAGGAGACCCACGGCCUCCACGUCUCCAUCUCCAUCCCUCUCGGACCGGAGACCGAUAGUCCCUCCUUCUCCUCCAGACAAGAAGCAUCAGAACGGAGCCAAGGGCGUGCGGCACCGGAGAGUGUCGGGUAGAGUGUUUGAUCCUAAUAAACACUGUGGGGUUUUGGACCCAGAGACAAAGCGGCCUUGCACUCGAUCUUUAACCUGUAAGACUCACUCUCUAACCCAUCGGCGAGCCGUGCUGGGACGGAGGACAGAUUUCAACAUCCUUCUAGCAGAGCAUAAGGGGCGGACGAAGGAGACGGGGCAAAAAAAGGAAGCUCAAGCAGGCAGCCAAUCAGUGCAGGUCACACAGUCACAUGAUGCAGCAACCAGCCUAUCCACAAGCUGUACUAAUGCCAAGACCAUGCCCAUUCUCAAACUGCAGCUGGCCAAUUCACACUUACACAGAGUGUCUGGCGGCGGUGCAGUGGUGUUCAGCUCUGCGCCCGUUCCUCCUCCUGAACCUGCGCCCGGCUGGCAGCGUUGCAGUCUGUCCAGCGAUGAAGGAGAAACUGACCUCCCUGAGGAGUCCGAGAAGCUGCCGUGCCACUCUUCUCCACAGCACCCGCGACCCCUGAGCUGUUGUGCGUUCAGCAGCCGGUUGAUGGGACGGGGUCACUACGUGUUCGACCGGCGGUGGGACCGGGUGCGGCUGGCGCUCCACUGCAUGGUGGAAAAACACGUCAACUCUCUCAUGUGGAGGAAAGUCCCCCUAGCGGUGGAGAGUGUGACGAGCCCGACUGACAUUUCUCCCCUCGGCUCUCCGUUCGUCUCCAACCAUGCACUCGCGGCUCCUCUGGACGGCGUCUCCAUGGUCUCGUACUCCACCUCUUUGUCUCAUAACGGUGGUGGGGUUUUCUGCAUCCGGGACCCCGGACCCAGACCACAGCGGAAUAAACCGGCCAAGCCGGCCAAAGCCUCAGGGGACGGAACAGGAUCUAAAAAGCGGAAAGCGCCUCCCGCCUCUGAGUCACGAAAGAGUGGGACCAGCGGGAACGGCUACCAUCUGCCACUGGGUGCGGCGCACAUCAGUAAUGGGACGGCGGCCCUUAGCGUGCGGGCCAAGCAACGGCCGGGGGGCCAGGGGCCGAGGGACCAAGACAGGUACGGGAGCGUGGAGCUGUCCCUCCCGCAGGCGCUCACCGGGGAUCACGGGGGCGUCUCGUCCCACAGCCCGCUGCCCUACGGAUCCUCUGAUGGGAGGAAGAGGAAGAGCUCUGGAUCGAGCGCCGGCAGCGACAAACCCAGCAAAGGCACCAAAUCCACAGCACUGGACGGGAUCUUCAGGAAGAGCAGCAGCGGUUUGCUGUCGUCAGUCGCCGAAUCGCCCCACAGCGCCCUCCCCAGACAGCCCAAGGUCCCUCACUGAAGCAGUGUGAGUUUGAGAAGAGCUUCGGACGUCCUGUGAGACACUGUGUCUGUCCUGCCUUGAUCCCACCGCUGCCUCUUAUCACUCUACGGUUGAGUCACGUCCCUUGUGUCCUGCUUUCCAACAGAGCUUCUUCCGUUCCGUUCCCAUUAGGAACCAGCUUCUCGAAGAAUGAUUCUCACCUUUCCUUUGAAAUGACACAAACUUCAGUUUCAUGCAGAUUCAGAUUUUGAUUUAACCAGUACACAACCCGUUUCAGACAUUCAGCGAUAUGGAGUUUUAUUUUUAUUCUCACGUAGAUGGGGACAACAUGAAGGGAAGCCCUUCAGACUCAACCGUGUCGAUCUAAAGUGCACUUAAUUUCAAAUCUGAACUACGGAAAAAGGAGGGGACAAAACGUUUCAAACAAGGGAAUAUUUUACAGACGCUUUUUCGGCAAGUGGUAUUUUUCUAAACGGAAUGAAUUCAGGUUUUUAAGUAUUUUUUUUGACACACAAGUGUUCGUGGAUUUAAAAAAAAAAAACAGCCAGGAGCCGCACCCCUGUUGUAAAGCAACUUUAACCAGUGAUGAAUUUUGUAUAAUAAUUUAUCCUUUAUUAAUUUUCUAACUGACCUGAUUAGUGCUUCACACAUUGAGCAGAAGUAUAUUUGUAUGCCUUUUUAAUAGUUUAAAGUAUUAUAGAGACCCUAUUGUUGGAAAUGUAUGUACAUAUCUUUUAUUAUAAUUGUUUUGUUUUGUA